AACUGAGAGAGAGAGAGAAGUAGGGAAGAAACUCUGCUGAGCCACAUCUAAGUGUGAAAGUAACAUACGCCACAGUCAAGCACAAGCUGCAAGACAUUGGAAAAUGUUCUCUGGGAUAAACCUUCACAAUGGGCUGGAGAAAGGAUUACAAUCAUGACUGCUGUAUUGUGACAUGAUGGACUUUCAUCUGAAGUGCAGGUGGGAUGUGUUCAAAUCGUGCACAUAGUGAACUUUCUGGGUCGUCUGUAUUGGUUUUGGUUUGAAGGCUUCACUUCGCUUCGCUUUUUAAAACAAGAGUCUAGCUUCUUCUGAGAUGAUGGAGGACAGGAACGGAGUUUGUCAUGUGAUGGAGGACAGCGAAGUGGAUGUUCAAAAUAGACAAACCAGGAUUCAGCCGCAGGCCAACAACAAACCCAAAUGGUCAAACGGUCAGUGUGUUCUGGCCGUGCCGAGCUGUUCAAUGUUAAACCCGAGCUUUGAUCUGUCUCUGUGCCGCGAAAAAUUGCAGGGAGAGGGCUUCCAGAUUCCAUUCACAGACAUGGAGGAGCCGCUGAGGACAGCUCUGGAUGUUCCUUCAGUCAGGAGAUACAUGGUCUUCAACUCGGCCCACUUCCAUUUCAUCUUGGCUCCGGUGCUGUAUGUGGUGGUGUGGUGUGCCGUCUUCUCCACUCUCCACCUCUACAUCACCGUCAGCGACUACUGGGUCCUCUGCCUCUCUGUCAGCCUGGUCUCCAUCUUCCUCACCACCGCCAUCAUCUUCAUCCUCCACCACAGUAACAAAGAAAUCAGCGUGAAUUUAGACAUCCGGCUGAUUCAGGUGAAUGAGAGGAUGGUGAAACACAAGCUGCUGGUGGCUGUGGCCGACUGGGUGCAGAACUGUACCGGAAACAUGAAGCUCUACUUUGUGUAUUGGGACAUGACUCGCUGCCUGAGAGCACUCACUGAAACUUUAGAGGAGGGCGGCUUUGCAAUGAACGCCACCCAGAAGCUGAAGAGGAAAAUGUCCCAUCUCGUCCUCGUUACCGAGGUCACGGCUGUCGACUCGGAGGACGUUGAGUCAGAUGAACAGAGGCCUCUGCUGGGGAACGAGGACAUGGACUCCAGGUCCUCAUCCAACCAGCGGGAGGACGCCAAAAUCCCAGCCAGCUACAGCCUUGUCCCUGAUGCAUCGUUACCUGCACAGGCUAAAGCCUACCAGCUCCUGAUGACCUACAGUGCUGCUUACGUGAAGCUGCUGGUGUCUGAGAGGCUGUCGGGGCCGUCCAACCACCGUCUACGAUCCCGGAGGAAUCACUGCACCACCGCCCCGUUCUGCCUCUGCCAGUACAUCAAAAACAAAAUCCUCCGAUAACACAACUGGAGGAACAAAUGAACUUCUGGACUAUAAAAAAAAAAAAGAAAAAAGACUUAUACUUUGUUUCCAGGCUCUUUAAAAAAACUGACAUCCAGGACGAUUUGCAGAGGAGAAGUCAUUAAUUGAUUAAUUGAUAUCUUAAUAAAGAAAAAGAAGGACAUGUUUGGGGCUUCACUCUCUCGACUCCCCAGUUAUAAAGUUUAUUCUCAUGCCUUCGGACUACUACUGUACCUCUACUGCUGUUUGAAUUCCAGCUCUGUGUUUGCACCAGCCGGAUCCACGUCUCAGUGUGUGCCAACAAACAAAGGUCCGUCCAACUGCUGUAAAACAACAUUUGUACUUUUGUAUAUACAUGACAAUCACAACAUACUGUUUAAAUUAUUUAUAUACAAAUAAAUAAAUAUAUUC